ACUGGUACAGGAGCUUAUGAACAUCCGAGAAAGACUGGAGUAUAUCACCCCACUGGUGGAGUCGCCAUCGCAUCACUUCACGUCAUAUGACAAUAUCACACGCCUUCCGCUUCUACGGGGUUGUCCUCCCCUUGUGAUCAAGUCUGCUCAUAUCAUGCAGAUUUUUGGUUUACCGUCGGAUCUAGCAUGUGUUUUUUACCGACUUGAGCGUUACUCUGCACAGAGAUCCGAGUAUUCGACUGAGCGUCGGCCUAUCGAUUCUGCUGAUCUGUCAUAUCCUCCACAGGUUUCACGCUCACACGCAUCGGUGGUAUCCUGUUCUCCAUCCAGAUUUCACCCUUCACUUUCGCGAGUCAAGUGCUGCUGGUUUCCCCCCCUCUACAAUGUCUUGCUGUUCACUCCUUGUCGCGUCACUUGCACAUAUAAGCCAUUCUCAUACCCAAUCCUCACACUUCGAGGCCGCUUUGUCCAUGCUCCCAGUAGUACUUCAGGAAUACAGCGUGACAAGCAUCCAGUGCUUAGUCCUUUUCACGAGCUCUCUAUGCACCUAAGUCUAGUGUCUAUAGGUGGAACCAUGCGUGGCCACUUGGAUACGACACCCUUGCCGACAUACACGUAUCUUUGGGAUCGGUUCGACGAUUCGCAUUCACCCUCCGGACUAUCCUCAUCCGACGGCUCACACAUAGGUGAAGCUAACUUGCCAACGGAAACGCCUUUCCAUUUUGCCACGGAAAUACAACUACAAACAAUGCUAAACAAGUAUACCAGUUCCGCAAUGGAUGAGUUGAGCACCAGUGGGGAAUUUCCAGAUCCCAACCACCAUCCAGGGCCCGGCCCAAACAUGCUAUGCUCAAGUAUUGCACAGGACUCGCCCUCUCAACCGUCCUGUCAGCACAUCGAUGGUGCCAUGUGCCGAGCUAAGUUUCACUUGUAUGAAGUGUCAACCUACUGGCCGGUGAUAUACCGCAUCAUCACUAAUGGUUCUGCGCACCCCGAGCUGCUACCCUACGCGCCACGGUUCUUUCAAUCAGUGACAAACCUUCUCGGUUCAGCCAACCUCGCCCUGCAAGUAUGUCUGCCGAAAACCUGGUUUCUAUGUGGGAGGGCCUUGGAAGUGCGUUGUCUUCGGUUGCUCUGCCAACCACAGUUCUGGGAACAUAUUGACGCAGCGGUUCAUGCUCUGCACCGGCCGAGUAUGCUGAGUCCGUCUGUGCAGUAUAUGCGGGAGUCACUGACGGCCCGAUUGGAGGGGGCUAAGAUUCGACAUUGUCAAUAA